CUCGUCCACAUCCAUCCACGUUUCAUAACAACCUCAGGUUGAACCUCUUUAUUUUGUGCAUAUCACGCCCGACUUGGAUUGAGGUGGCAUUUGCCCCCGGGCUCUGAAAAGACAGUUGUCACAUCCGUCAUGAUCAAUUCUCAUCGAUGAUAAUCUUAAGAACUCCCUUCUGUCAUCAAUAUGCCCUCAUUCGCCAUCGAAGUGGAGGGCGCGACAAACCCCUUGUCCAAGCAAAGUGUCAUUUCAACCCUUGCCAGUGCUUCGAAAGGAUUUGCCAGCCCGCAAGCGUUGAAAGCGGCCACACAACAAAUUGGCAAUUGGGAGAAAACCCCAGGCUAUUAUGCCAUCCUCCAGGAUGUUUAUGCAGAUCUGUCAAUUGACCAAGAGAUUCGUUUUCAAGCCAUCAUCCAGCUCAAGAAUGGCAUUGACAAGCACUGGAGGAAGACUGCCACUAAUCCAAUCUCGAAGCCUGAAAAAGAUCAAAUCAGAUCAAGAUCCAUUGAUGCUGGAGUCAAGGAACCACAGCCUGUCCUUGCUCUCCACAAUGCUUUGAUGCUCGCAAAGAUCGCCCGUCUCGAAUUUCCCCACGAUUGGCCAGAAGUCAUCCCAGAUAUCUGCCAACGUCUUCGAGCUAUCGGCCAAGAUUUAAACGACGCUCUCUCGACUUCCAAUAUAUUGCUUAUCACAUUACAGAUCAUAAAAGAGCUCGCCUCUGGACGCCUGGUUCGUACCAAGAAAAGUCUCUACCAGGUCUCCUCAGAGUUGUUGCAUACUCUAGGCAGCCUGUACGUGAGUUUGGUUGGAAGAUGGCAAUCCGGAGGGGAGAACAUCGCGACUACAGAUUCCCUCAACAGCCUUGCCGCUUUAAAGACAUUGAGAAGACUUCUUGUUGUUGGCUUUGAGAAUCCACACCGAGAAGAGAAUGUGCGCGAGUUCUGGAUUCUCCUACAAAGCCAUCAAGACAGCUUUUGGACGGCAUACAAUCAGGUUUCAUCCCCCGAUGCGAAAACAAUAUUGAUGAAACACUUGCUGCAGCUUUCCAAGCUUUAUCUGGAAAUGGCACGAGAGCAUCCUGCUUCGUUUGUCUUACUUGGCUCCAUGAACAUUCUCAAUCGGUCUUGGAAUAUUGUCCAACAUAGCGAUGCCACACAAGACUUGACCGGAAACUUUGACUGGGACGUGUACCGUAAUGGCGACGUGGUGGAAAGUUCCCCGCUCGAGAAGCUCUCACUCAAAGCUCUUCUGCUGUUCCGUGCUUGCUUGAAGAUGGUCUUCAAUCCGGUUCAGACUUUCAAAUAUCAGACACCUCAAGAUAAGGAAGACAGAAGAAAUGCAGUGGAUGAGAUCAAGGGGACCGUGCUCACCAACGAUUUCGUCUUGAGACUGAUGGAAGUGUUGGUCACUCAAUAUUUUGUCCUACGACCGGCAGAUUUGAGAGAUUGGGAGCAAGAUCCUGACGAAUGGGAAAGAAGAGAGGAGGAGAUCGUGGAUGCUUGGGAGUUCUCUCUACGGUCCUGCUCGGAGAAGUUGUUCCUCGAUCUAGUGAUCAACUUCAAAGAACUGCUUGUCCCUAGGCUGCUUCAAGUAUUCCAAGAGUAUGCUCAGGUCUCCAACCACAAUGUUCUUCUGAAGGACAGCCUCUACUCAGCUAUCGGUAUUGCCGCUGCUUGUAUAGAAGACAUUCUCGAUUUCAACACCUUCCUCAGGACAACCCUGGUGCCAGAGGUGCAAAUCAAUUCUCCGAAUUACAACAUUCUUCGACGCCGAACGGCCAUCCUUCUUGCACAAUGGAUUCCUAUCAAGCCGGAAAGCUUGGACCGAGUGGCAACAUACCAAAUAUUCACACACCUUCUGACCAGCAAAGAAGAACUCAACGACCAUGUAGUCCAAGUCACAGCGGGACGACAAUUGAGGAUGGUGCUAGAACCAUUCGAAUUCAGUUUCAAGGAUUUCCAACCAUAUGCCACGCCUCUGUUGUCCAGCCUCAUGUCUCUGAUCAAAGCCACUGAACUGUCUGAAACCAAGAUGGCCCUUUUGGAGACGGUUCGCAUCGCCGUGACGAAACUUGAGGGCCACAUUGAGCCAUAUGCGCAAGGGAUUAUGUCUACACUUCCACCCUUAUGGACCGAAUCAGGAGACGAGCAUUUGAUGAAGCAAGCAAUUCUGACUAUGCUCACAGCUAUUGUCAACAGUCUUGGACAAAAGAGCAUUUCCUACCACGAAUCCAUUCUUCCCAUCAUUCAUGACUCUGUCCAAACCGACUCAGAGGCAAUUGUGUAUUUGCUAGAAGAAGCACUUGACCUGUGGUCGGCAAUCCUACAACAAACACCUUCAGAUGCGCCCUCGGAGCAGCUUCUGGCGCUGUCUCAAUCUCUGCUACCUCUACUCGAAAUGGGAAAUGAGCUACUACGACAAAUUUUUGAGAUUAUCGAAUCUUAUACGAUCCUAUCACCGACUACGACUCUCGCCUCGUCUUUCCUCGACCCGUUGCUGACAUCCAUGAAGUCACUACUGUCCAUGCUGUCAUCAAGUCGCGCAAGGGACGCGGCACAUGCUCCACAUGUUCUAGAGACUCUUGUUGCUUCCAUUUCUGCAGAAACCUCGCCUUCCGUCCCGGCACAGCAAGCACUGAGCCAUCUCCUGACAUCGAUGAUCAACUCAGGCUACCUAGCAUCCGUGCUCGAAAUCCUAAGAGAAGCCUACGAAUACCAUCAAGACCCAAGACCAAACCGAAAGGCGCCUGAUGUGAUUGGACCAGGAGAGACAAGUCUAUUCAGCCUGAUCGCACGAAUGGUUCUCCUAUCACCUGAAAUCACAGUACAAGCCAUAUCCGCAACCAACGUCCACUCAACCUCUCACCCCAACCUUCCUGUUCUAAGCUGGGUCCUCGCCGAAUGGCUAGACCGCUUCGUUGACAUUGGCGACGUGCUCCGUAAGAAGUUGCAAGUCCUCGCCUUGACCAGUCUCCUAUCCGCAACCACACCACCGUUCCCUGAACUGGCACUCGAAAACCUCCAAUCCUACCUAACCACUUGGACCGACAUCUGCGUCGAACUAGGCGAAGAAGCCGCCGAGGAGUCUAUGGGUGAUUAUCUAUGGCACAACAAGCCAGCAGGCGACGUGCCUGAGUGGCCUGACGCGACCCCUGAGGACGGUCGUAAGAGAGUGCUCAGUAAUCGAGAUCCAAUCUAUACUAUCAAUGUCCGGGACUUUGUUGCCGUCAAGAUCAAGGAUUUGAUAGACAAGGUGGGUGGUCCAGCGGUGUUUCAGCAGGAAUGGCUGAGUCGCGUGGAUGGUGCUGUGGUCGAGGCUUUUGUGAAUCUUAAGCUACUAUGAUUCAUUGAUUGAUGAUGAGUUCCGCCAGUGGUUGGGUGAGUGGGUGCUCAGUCGCUACACAUUACGCAAGACAAGCAAGCAAGCAUUCUCGUCUCGUCAGACAGAGAAACUUGAAACGAACGAGAGGACGAACGAAACGUCAUCUCCGAUUGGGGUGGGGGAGUUCUUUAAGAACAGACCGUAGCGUGUAUGAACAAUAAAU